CGUUGCCGCCGGAUCCGCCCCCCGCAGGGCGAGCGAGGAGGCAGGAGGAGGAGGAGAAGGAGGAGGAGGGAGGCCGGCUCCUCGCCGCCUCUUGUGUUUUCUCCCCUCUUCCCGGCCCAGCCCCGGCCCCUCUCCUCUCGCACCGGGGCGGCGGCGGGGGCCGAGGCCACAGCGGCGCCCGAGCUGCCCGCGGGAGCCCCGGGACGGGCCUGGGCCGACGUCUCUGGACUAGGAUGUCCCGACAUGAAGGUGUCAGCUGUGAUGCAUGUUUAAAAGGAAAUUUUCGAGGUCGCCGGUACAAGUGUUUAAUUUGCUACGAUUACGAUCUGUGCGCAACUUGUUAUGAAAGUGGUGCAACGACUACAAGGCAUACAACUGACCAUCCAAUGCAGUGCAUACUAACAAGAGUAGAUUUUGACUUGUACUAUGGUGGAGAAGCUUUCUCUGUAGAGCAACCACAGUCUUUCACUUGUCCUUAUUGUGGGAAAAUGGGGUAUACGGAAACAUCUCUUCAAGAACAUGUUACUUCUGAGCAUGCAGAAACAUCAACAGAAGUGAUUUGUCCAAUAUGUGCAGCAUUACCUGGAGGGGAUCCGAAUCACGUAACAGAUGACUUUGCAGCUCAUCUUACACUGGAACACAGAGCUCCUAGAGAUUUAGAUGAAUCCAGUGGCGUUCGGCAUGUACGUAGGAUGUUCCACCCAGGUCGGGGUUUGGGAGGCCCCCGUGCUCGUAGAUCAAACAUGCACUUUACUACCAGUUCCCCUGGUGGGCUUUCGUCUUCUCAGAGUUCGUAUUCUCCAAGCAAUAGAGAAGCCAUGGAUCCUAUAGCUGAGCUUUUAUCCCAGCUAUCAGGUGUGAGGCGUUCUGCAGGAGGACAGCUCAACUCCUCUGGCCCUUCUGCUUCUCAAUUACAGCAGCUGCAGAUGCAACUGCAGUUGGAACGACAACAUGCACAGGCAGCAAGACAGCAACUGGAGACUGCACGCAAUGCAACCAGACGCACCAACACGAUCAAUGUCAACACCACUAUGGCACAAUCUACAACAACAACCAACACAUCUAACACAGAAAACAGUCAGCAGACUAUCCAGAAUUCCCAGUUCCUUCUGACAAGGUUGAACGAUCCGAAGAUGUCAGAAGCAGAGCGUCAGUCAAUGGAGAGCGAACGGGCAGACUGCAGCCUGUUUGUUCAGGAGCUUCUACUGUCCACCUUGAUGCAGGAAGAAAGUUCCUCCUCAGAUGAGGAUGAACGGGGGGAGAUUGCAGAUUUUGGUGCUAUGGGCUGUGUAGAUAUUAUGCCUCUAGAUGUUGCUUUAGAAAACCUAAAUUUAAAAGAGAGUAAUAAAGGAAAUGAGCCUCCUCCACCUCCUCUUUGAUGACAUCCCACUUUGCAGACAAUGUCCUCUGUGCUGUAUUUGCCAAUGAAAGUGGACAACAACUAUCUUGGGUUUGUUUUGGUGAUUGUAAUUUCAGGUCUGUCACUCUUGUUACAUUGUGUACAUUCAAAAGAAAGAGAGAAAAGAUAUAUAUGAUAAUCAUUUCCACUUAACUAAUUUUUACUUCUUAGCAGGUAAUGUAGGUUGCAGUGCAGAGCAGAAGGCUCUGUGUCCUGUACCUUGACAUGCAAAAGGCUCUCCUAAUACUCCACAUUCAAACUGAAGAGGGAAAAAAAAAAGAAAAAUCUCUAAUGAAGCUGCUGUGUGUAUUUAUGAAUAUUAAUGAAUAAAAACUGCUUGGAUGGUUUACCUUAA